UACUCAGGGGACCAUAUGAGAUGCUGGGGAUUAAACCCUGGUCAGCUGUGGGCAAGGCAAACACCCUGCUCACUGUACUAUUUCUCAAGAUUUCCUCUUCCUUUGAUCCAGACAAGCUGCCACCAACUGCAGAGAAAUGUGUCCUUACAGGAGAUGGUGGUAUUUGAGGAUGUGGCCGUGGACUUCACCUGGGAAGAGUGGCAGCGCCUGGAUGAUGCGCAAAGGACCCUGUACCGGGAUGUGAUGCUAGAGACCUACAGUCACCUGGAGUCACUGGGGCAUACAGCCAUCAAACCAGAAGUGAUCAUGAAGUUGGAGCAAAGUGCAGAGCCAUGGAUGGUGGAUCGACCAGAGCAGAGCCUCUCAGAUAUUCAGCCUAAGCAUGAUUUGCUUCAGCAUAUUCAGAGAAAUCAAUGUAGACAAUUUUGGCAAGAGAAAAUCACCAAAAGAAAAGAAGCAACAAAUGAGAGAAAUUUCAACAUCAUGUUAAAUUUUAGAUCUAUCCACUUUUCAGAAGUGAUGGUAAAUAGUGGAAACUGUUCUGUCAUGAUGCCUGCAAAAUAUGACGUGUGCCAGAGGAGGUUUCUGGCUAUUGACCCUCAUGAGAUCCACCCUCUAAAGAAAGUUGAGGACCAUGAGACAUUCUUAAAAAUAGCUAAUAUCACUAAGUGUCCAGAAAUGCACAGUAGUGAAAAACCUCAUGAAUGUCAUAGAGGAAGUCAGUUUCCAGUCCUCAAUAUACAUCAGAGAACACACAUUCUAGAGAAAAUACAUGAAUGUAGUGAAUAUGAAAAAACAUCCCAAACACAGAAACUCAUUGAACACCAAGGAAUUCAUAUAGGAGAGAAACCAUAUGAAAGUAAAGAAUUUAGGGAAAUAUUCUCAAGGAUUAUCACUCAACAUGAGAGUAUUCACACAGGAGUUAAAUCCUAUAAAUGUAAGGAAUGUGGAAAAAUAUUCUCAAGGAAGUCACAUUUCACUCAACAUGAGAGAAUUCACACAGGAGACAAACCGUAUGAAUGUAAAGAAUGUGGGAAAAUCUUCUCAAGGAAGUCCCACCUCACUCAGCAUGAGAGUAUUCAUACAGGAGUGAAACCCUAUGAAUGUAAAGAAUGUAGGAAAAUAUUCUCGAGAAAGUCACACCUCACUCAACAUGAGAGAGUUCACAUAGGAGAGAAACUGUAUGAAUGUAAUGAUUGUAGGGAAAUAUUCUCAAGGAAGUCACACCUCACUCAGCACAAAAGAAUUCAUAUAAGAGAGAAGACCUAUGAAUGUAAUGAAUGUAGGAAAUCUUUUUCAAGGAAAUCAGAUCUUACUAAACAUGAGAGAAACCACACAAAAGAGAAACCCUAUAAAUGUAAAGAAUGUAGAAAAACUUUCUCACGAAAGUCAAGCCUCACUGAACAUGAGAAAAUUCACACAGGAGAAAAACUGUAUGAAUGUAAAGAAUGCAGGAAAACAUUUCCAUGGAAGUCAAGCCUCACUCAACAUGAAAGAAUUCACACAGGGGAGAAACUGUAUGAAUGUAAAGAAUGUAGAAAAACAUUUUUAUGGAAGUCAAGCCUCACUCAACAUGAGAGAAUUCACACAGGAGAGAAGCCCUAUGAAUGUAAAGAAUGUAGAAAAACAUUCUCAAAGAAGUCACUUCUCACUCAACAUGAGAGAAUUCACACAGGAGAGAAGCCCUAUGAAUGUAAAGAAUGUGGGAAAACUUUCUACAGAAGAAAUGGUCUCAUUCUACAUCACAGUUUUCACACAGUAGAGAAACCUUAUGAGUGUAAAGAAUGUAGGAAAACUUUUGCGUGUAAGUCAAGACUCACUGAUCAUGAGAGAAUGCACACAAGAGAGAGACCUUUCGAAUGUAAAGACUGCAGGAAAAGUUUCUUGUGGAAAUCAUGCCUGACUCAACAUGAGAGAAUUCACACAGGAGAGAAACCAUUUGAAUGUAAAGAAUGUCGGAAAACCUUCUCACAGAAGUCCAAUCUCACUGAACAUGAGAGAAUUCACACGGGUGAGAGACCUUAUGAGUGUAAAGUCUGUAGAAAAACAUUCUCCUGGAAAUCAGGGCUUGGUCAUCAUGAGAGAAUUCACAGAAGAGAAAUCCUAUGAAUGUAAAAUAUGCAGAUAAACAUUGAAGGAAGUCAAGCUUCAUUACAUAGGAGAAUUCACACACGGGAGAAAUCUUACGGAUGUAAAGAAUGUAAGAAAACUUGUCCUUAAGUAGAGCCUCAAGAUACAUAGUAGCUCACACUGGAAUGUAAAUCAAGAUUGCAGAAACUGACCAUGUUUUCACCAAAAUGAAACUUUUUUUUGGGCAAACCACUCUUCCUUGUCAUUCUUCCUCUUUCCUAUAUGCCUGACCCUGUAGCUUAGCUGUAACCAGGGAAAUAGAAAAUAUAAGAAUGAACAUUACUUUCAUGAAUGCUCUUUUAAAAAAGUGCUAUGAAUAUUUCCUGAUUUUUUAAAAUGUAUUGUGGUUCUAGGAUUUAGCUGAGCCCCAGAUUGACCUUGAAGGCUACAGGAUGAAGACAACAACAUGCAACAAAACAGGUUUGAUUAUUUGGGGACAGCAGUUUUUUGUAAUUCAACUUCAGUAUUCUAAUAUAAUUGGGUAUAAAUAAAUAUAUAUUGAGCCACUCCACGAGUGACUUACCUUAAACACUACCAGUUCAUCGUCAUCACAACAUUUCUUUUUUUUUUUGGGGGGGGGGUCACACCCGGCAAUGCACAGGGGUUACUCCUGGUUCUACACUCAGGAAUUACUCCUGGCGGUGCUCAGGGGACCAUACGGGAUGCUGGGAUUCGAACCCAGGUCGGCCGCGUGCAAGGCAAAUGCCCUACCUGCUGUGCUAUCGCUCCAGCCCCCAAUUUUUUUUUUUUUACAACAUUUCUUAAGUUUGGGACAGGCUUUUCUGUGCAGUCUUUACGUAGAAAAUUCAUGUAGAAAAAAAAAUUUUAAAUACAUGUAGAAUAACUGUUGGGCAGAGAUAACAUACAUACUGAAAAUAAAGUGCAGUUCAAAUAUACUUUGUCUAUAAAAGUUUCCAACAAAAUUUACAACAUUGGGGUUGGAGGAAUGGCAUACAGUGCUGGAGUGCAUACUUCUUUUUUAUUUUAACUUUGGAGUGCAUACUUCUUGUGGAAGACUAGAAUCACUGUUUAGACCCCAGCACUGCCAGUAGCAGCCCCUGAGAACGUUAACUUGACCCAAGAUGAAAAAGUCCUUUUAACUUACUAGAUUUGUAUGGGAGCUUAGAUAUUAAACAUCUUGUAAUUGUGAAGGAUUAUAUUGAAAGUUUAUAUGA